UUAUCUCGAGCUCGACAUCGAACAACAAUGGCUGUCCUCUCCCCCCUGCCCUCACUGCAAGACCUAAACCUCACAUUCCAUCAAACCACUUUGGUCUUUCCAUCGAAGGAGACAGAGAAGAGGUCCAUUUUCUUGUCCAAUUCCGACCAUUUCUUCAACGAGAAUGUUCGGACAGCUCACUUCUUUAAAGCCAAUCCCGAUUACUCACCGGAAAAUGUGGCCGCGCGCCUCAAGAACGCGCUCGAAAAAGUGCUCGUGCCGUACGAUUUUAUCGCCGGAAGGUUGAAGAUGAACCACAAAGUGGGGAGAUUGGAGCUCGAUUGUAAUGUCGCCGGAGCCGGAUUUGUCGUGGCUUCUACGGAUGCUUCUCUUGAUGAAAUUGGGGAUUUUAUAGUGCACCCGAACCUCGGAUUCCGGCAGCUCGCCGUCCAAAAGAUCGACGGCUUAGCCGGCGAAGUCGAGCAGCCUAUCUUUGUUGUUCAGUUGACAUCUUUUAAGUGUGGCGGAUUCGCGAUUGGGAUGUCGAUGAACCACAUUCUCUUCGACGGUAUGGGUGCGAAACUAUUCGUCGAAAACCUCGCUUCCCAAGCUUUCGACGACGACAAACCGUUAGCCGUCAUCCCGUGCAAGGAUCGCAGCCUCCUCGCCGCCAGAUCUCCUCCCGUCGUCGCCUUUCCCCACCGCGAAUUCCUUGACCUCAACGACCUUCAUGCAUCGACUCCACCACCCUCGAACGGCAACCAAACCCGACUCGAAUACAAAAUCUUCAAACUAAGCGCGGCCCAAAUCUUACAACUUAAAUCCCGCGCAAAAAACAGCGACAAUCCCGCCGCUAGGAUCAGCAGCUUCGCCGUGAUGGCAGCCCUCGUCUGGCAGUGCAAAGCGUUCUCCGACAACAAAGAUCGCGCGAAAGAUAAAGUUUCGACGCUCGUCCACAUUAUUAAUAUCCGGGAAAGGGUUGAUCCGCCGCUCCCAAUGUCGUACAGCGCCAAUGCCGUGUUGCCGAUGGGCGUCUCGGCGACGCACGACGAGCUCGAGAACGGUCCGUUUGGCAAGCUCGUGGAAAUGAUCACCGAGGGGGCGAAAGAAAUGACGGACGAGUACGCAAAAUCGGCGAUCGAUUGGUUGGAGGGUCGCCGAGGGGUUCCUCACGGGGAUUACAUCGUGAUUUCGUGGAUGCGGUUGGGUUUCGAUCGGGUCGAGUAUCCGUGGGGGAAGGCGAUGUACAGCUGCCCGUUGGUGUAUGAGCGCCGCGAGAUCUCGUUGAUUUUCCCGGAUGCUAUGGACGGCGGCGUUGGCGCGAUGGUGGCUUUGCCGGCCGAGCAGAUGGAGAGGUUCGAGGCUCGGUUUCGCAAGUUUUUCGAGUAGUUGUGUUGCGUUCGGCGCGUUGUUUUCGACUUUGCGUUUGUUGGGUCAGCUUGUUCUUUGUGUUCGAUGUUUUUAGUUUAUAUGUUGUAUUCUCCUUGAACUUUGUAUGGAAUAUUGUUUGUAAUGUUAGUAUAAUAUGAUAUUGUCUUAAAUUCUAAUGUUUAAUAUCAUUAAAUAUUGUAAUUGAGAC